AUGACGGUCAUUCCGGGUAUCCAAAGGCAUCUUGUGGUUGCUAUUGGGCUGUAUCUCGACAUCGGACGCUUUGUUCGGAGCCGGGACCGGAAAGUCCGAGGCUCCGUGGAGCUUCCGGGCGUUCAGCUCGCUCGAACACGCAGCAUUGCAUCGUUGAAUAUGAGCCUGGCGUCGACUCUCGGGAGACUCGAGGAACGCGUGAAAAGAAUUGAAGAAAAGCUUGGUAUUCCUUUCGAAGAAAUAUUUAAAACCGGGGAUGUCGCAAGUUCAAAUACACCUGCUUAUCUAUUUCGAUCACUCCCGAAGGAGAGAGCUAUCCCUGAUACUAGGGUAGAAGUAGAAGGCAUUGGGUUUGAGUCGGCGGUGAUAGGGCCAUCCGAGAACAAACAUGAGUAUGAGUCGGUUGAAGAUGGUGGAGAUAUGGCAGCUCGAAUCAUCGACAGUCUAAUGCAACCCGCAGAAAGAGACCAGCCUCAGUUCCCCGGGGGUUGGCCACAUACUCCAGGACUGACCAUAACCAGCUCCCAACUUCAGUCCUUCCUUCCUUCAUAUUCGAGGGCUAUCGAGUUUGUUGACUACUACCAGGAACAUGUCUGUUGGGCAUAUCGCUUGCUGCACAUGCCAACUCUGAGACGCCAUGUCCUGGAGACAUACCAGCAAAUAGGAGCGGACCUCAGACCAAACCUCCCGGUUCUUGCACUCAUCUGCGCAGUAUUCGCACUAUCGAAGUACUUUUCCUUGUCAACUUCGGCUUUCAAUGGCUCCGACAUGUCUCGAGAUAGAUCCUAUCAAGAGUAUGUUGAAAUGGCUAGCCAGGCAUUAGCUGUGGCUAGGCAUUUAGAACACCCCACAGUCGAAUCCAUUCAAACUGUCCUAUUAGUGGCAACUUGUUUGCUAGGAAACACUGGUGCCAUCCGCUCAGCCCGAGUUCUAGCGGCAGCAAUGUAUAUGUCUGCUCAGGCCUUAUCCUUACACCAAUUGGAUUCGCCAAAAAAUAAGAGACUACGGCAGAAUGGACCGUAUGAUAGGCUAGAGUUGGAGAUUAAACGGCGUAUCUGGUGGCACAUUGCGUCCACGGAUUGGGUCUUUGCUUUCAUAUCAGGACCUCAGGCGGGAACUUAUAUGGUGCAUCCUUAUCAGAUGCAUGUAGAUCUUCCCAGUAACGCAGAUGACCACGAAAUAACGCCGUCUUCCUGUCCUAACAAGCCCUUGACCGAGCCGACAGAGGUAACUUACCUUAUCUUUCGAUGUAAACUAUCCAUGUUAUUAGUGGAGUUUAUGGAAACCGCCAAUAAAGAGGGGCUAGAGUUCAAUGAGAUGGACUAUGAUCAAGUGCUCGCCUUCGACAAGAAAAUCGGGGAAUUUAUCGCCACGGUACCAUAUUUCUUCCGACAUGAAGAAAGCGAGGGCGGCGAGCAUAGUGCAAUGGAGAGGAAUCAAGCGGAACUGGACAGGGAGCGGCCCUACCUCAAGUGGCAACGAGUGAUGGCCCAGUUCGGAGCUUACACGAGACUAUCUCGUUUGCAUAGGCCUUAUCUCGCCCUCGGAGCUCGCGACCCGCGCUAUGCAUACUCUCGCAUGGCCUGUGUCAGGUCGGCCCGGGUGGUGCUCGAGGUCGAACGGCGGAUGCGAAAGAGUAUCGACCCUUCGACUCCGGAUCCAUCCAAGGUUUGGGCCAUCGCAUACCAGGUGUUCCUUGCCACAGCCGUCUUGGCAAUGGAUUACCACUUCAACAGAAACGAACCUUGCGCAGAAGAGCGAGCUCGAGAGAUCCUGGAGUGCUGCCGUACACUAGAGGCAGCGGCUGUAAGUAGCAUCGUCGCCGCAAGAGGCCUGAAGAAGCUCAGAGAGGUAGCAGCAAAAUGGGGCCUUUUCACAGGUAGCGACUCCAAGCCAGACAACCAACCCAGAAAUAAGUCGAUAGCGUUGGCGAGAGAGACGGCACCUGUCCAGCAUAUAGGGUCUUUGCCAGAGGGAAAUGCACUCCACGACACCGAAGGGGGAAACCUGACAGGCUUAUGGGCUGAGCCGUGGGAUAUCAACGGUGUCCUGGACUAUUCUCAAUGGGACGGGGUAUUCCAGGAUCUUGAGAGCAACCCUGGUAUGUUCUAG